UGUAGUUUUAAUGAAGUGAUCUUCUGGACGGUGAAUAGGAAAUUUUACAGUCGGAAGUGGAAGUUUGAGAAUGAAAAUUUUUUAAAAAGACUGCUUGUCAACAAUAAUGGCCGAACCUGAAGAUGACAAUCUCGAAAGUGUUACUGUUGUUUCAGAAGGGACGCUUGCUAGUGUAGCUACUGUUAGAUCUGAUGUACAAGAAGAUAGUCAAGAAAACAUAGAAGCUACUUCCGAGAGUUUCUUUCAAGAAAACACGAAGAAAACACAGUUUGACUCGGUGAAUUUGGAGGAUAUUAGUGCCUCGGAAUAUACGGAUGAUGAUGGCGACGACGAAGAUGACGAUGAUGGUAUUUUUAAAGACGAUAAACAGAAAAGGAAAAGAUUAAAAAAGAAAAAACCAAAGCAUGUUGUAAUUGAGGAUGAUUCGAGUUCAGAUGAUGAGAAAACACUUGUCAACGAAAAUAUUAAUCCGGUAUUUGAUACAUUCUUUCUAGAACGUUUUUCACUCCCCCCCCCCCUUGAUUUGGUGAGGAAAAUUCUGCAGUUGGGGUUAGUGGCAGGGGGUCGUAAGGAACUAGUCUUAGAGACCAUCAGCUGGGAAACAAAUACAGUUUUUAAUGUGAAUAUUAAUCCAAUAUUUGAAACAUUUUAUACUAGAAAUGUUCUUUACCACCGAUGGGAAAUUCUUUAGCUGGGGAGUGACGGGGGGGGGGGGGGUGGGGAAAGAUAUAAUCUAAUAUAUCGUGCCAUAAUGUUUUUACUGUGGCAAAAUGAAUAGUUUAAAAAAUAUUUACCUAGGAACGACGUUGAUGUCAGAUUUGACCACCCAUUUGGGAACACUGUUGUCAAAAUUCCGCAUUUCGUUUGUAUUCGAAAGACUGGAAAUAGUAUUGUCUAAUUUGUCUUCAUAAAGCUCUAGCAAAAAGUUUAAUGAAAAUUACAAGGGUUUAAACUCAGUAUAACUUUGUCUUGACACAAGGAAAAAGCAGUUAAACUCCCUACCUAACUAAGCUUCAGCCAUUUCCUUAUAGUAAAUGCUUUUCCAAUAUUUACUCCUAUUAUUUUGGCUCUUUUCCCACCAUUUCUGCAUUCUCGCACAUGCACUUCACAUUUGACCACAGUGUUCCCAUAAUGGGAACAUUUGGGUGGGUGGAUGUGGGUGGGUUUAGAUAAAAACAUCAAUUUGAUGUUUUGCAUGGCAACUUGUUGGAGAACACCCCCUGAUGCCUGUAUUCUAAAAGCUCACUCACACUCAAUGAGUAGAGGUUCAAUCUGAGCUUCCCUUGAGUGUCAAUGCUGUUUUUGAAUAGCUGGACUGUGAGCUAACCCUCCAGCUAUUCAAAAACAGUAUUGACACUCAAGGGAAGCUCAGAUUGAACCUCCACUCAUUGAGUGUGAGUGUGAGUGAGCUUUUAGAAUACAGGUGUGAGUGUUCACAAAAAUUUCAUCACAGCUUGAAAGAGCAUCACAAAAUUAGUAAUAUUCCAAAGUUUGGUUGCGAAAUGUAGUAAAAUGCGGAUUAUAUAGCCUUGCGAAGUUUGCCGUUUUUCAGUCAUUUUUCAUUUAUGCGGGGGAAAUUGACAGCCCAAUAACCUUUGUGGCUGUCAAUUUCCCGUUUGUAAUAAAAAAUGACUGAAAACGGCAAACUUUGCAAGGCUAUAUUAUCCGCAUUUUACAACAUUUUGCAACCAAACUUUGGAAUAUUACUAAUUUUGUGAUGCUCUUUCAAGAAGUGUGAAAUUUUUGUCUAGACUUGUUUUGAUCAAAAUUUAGUCUAUAAUGCAAAUGGUCCAUUAGGUGGUAAUAAAUCAUUGCCAAUAUGUCAGGUAAAUUUGAUAAAGUAUUUUCCUCAUUUCUGAAUCUGAUUUUAAUAUCAUCCAACAUGACAUUAUUCUACAUGUCCUACAUUUAUUCAUUUUCAGUCUGACCUGACAUGGAUGUUAUGGAUGUGGUAUUAUGUCAGGGCUGUUUCAAGUGGAGCAUUAAAGGGUAACUAUAAACCUCUAUAAACUUUAAGCUUGCUUAUAAACUAAGUGAUAAACUUCAUGUGUAUCUGCAGUCUUACAUUUAAGUUCUUGAUCUUUAGCUGCAGAAUUUCUUGGUGAGAAAUUAGCGUCAUUCUUUGGAAUUACGACACCAAAAUAUCAAUAUGUCAUUGAUGAAUAUUACAAAAUGAAAGAACUUGUAAGUGUCGAGCUUUAAGAUUUUGUGUUAAUUUACCAUUCUUUGGCAUAUUUUCAAAAGUGCAAUAUUGAUCUUUAAAAUUCUAAAAUUCAGGCCAAUCUAAAGUAUAUAUUGUACUGGCUUUCAUCCUGCUCAAGUCCUGUUUCAGAUGAAUUCAGAUAGGUCUGAGCCAGUUUCAACUUGAUGUAUUACACAUUGACUGAAAACAACACUGUGACUAAAAUGCUAUUGUUUCAUCCUAACUUUAUAGUCCCAGUCUCAUGUGAAUAUGGUCUUAGAAAUGCAAUAGAUUUGAAUUAUCAUGAUUUUUCUGUGUUGGUGUAAUGUACUCAGGUUAAUAUGACGCUUGUGAUGUUACUCUGAGUGUAUAUCCACACCGGGCAAGCUUGAAAAAUAUGCCUGACCGCGGUGGUAACAUCACAAGCGUCAGAUUUGAAUUAGUUAAUCCCAUUAAUUAGUGGCAGUGUCUCUCCCUUUACUGUCUUAUUCUGUCUAACGCCAGACAAUUUUAUUCAUCUACCAGUAUGUAUAGCAGUAAAUCUGUCUGUCAAUGUGUGUAGUGGCAAUACAUCAAAAUGUGCCUCAGCCUAUUAUCUUACUCUGUCUUAUGCCAGAAGAUUUUACUCAUCUGGGGAGAGUACUGGCAUUCGAAGGGGUUAAAUUAAAGACCUAGUUUUAAUCAAAAUCCAAAGUAAAAAGGUUGUGACACAGGUAUUGGGACAAAAUUAUUUUGACACAAUGUCAUUUUUUCCUCUCUAGGAAAGAGAAGAAGAGGAGAAAGAAAGAAAAGAACAAGAAUUUGUCGCUCAGAGAAAAGUGGAGGAAUUAUCCAAGUUGGAAGGUGGAAAUCAAGAACUUGUCUACAAUCAAGUAUCCUCUUCACUGACAGCUUCAAAUGCUGCUAUGUCAUAAUCAAUCAUACAUAAUAUUUUGUAAAUACAUUUUGCUAUCGGAGUAUGCAGUAAAAAGCUAGAUUCUGGGCUAUAUUUAGCAAACACUGCAAUUUGUUGGGUCAGGCAAGAAAGUCACAUUUUGGCUUGCCAAGACGUACUACCUAACAACGUGUUCUCGACAAGUUGUUGAUAUAUAACUUGUGAUAUCUGUGAACAUGAUGUGAUAUCUGUGAACACUAUGAUAUCUGUGAAGACAAUGUGAUAUCUGUGAACACUGUGUGAUAUCUGUGAACACUGUGUGAUAUCUGUGAACACCUUGUGAUAUCUGUGAACACUAUGUGAUAUCUUUGAACAGUAUGUGAUACCUGUGUACACUAUGUGAUAUCUGUGAACACAAUGUGGUCGUAACAUGUAACAUGUACUGCAUACUGUACAUCUGUAUAUAGACUAGUAACAACCAACUGUUUGGUUGUAAUUUCAUAUUGAUGAGGCCUUGUCGUUUUAUCGGAGUGACACAGGGUUUUCAGUUUAGUCCAGCGAACGGCGAAUUUCGCCAGACUUUUUCAUUCAACCCCACCCAAAUUCGCCAGAGCUUUUACGUUUAGUCACGUCUGUAUUAUGUGUACUCGCCCAAAUUUGUAAAUUCUAUCGGUAGAAAUAAUAUCUAUCGCCAUAGGCCCAUAGCUUCAUCGCCAUUAGCCAGAGCCUCACACAAAACUGAAAACCCUGGUGUCAUUAGCUGCAAAGAGGGUACAAAUUUUGUGCGCAAAUACAAAUUAAUAUCUAUUUUAUAAGUCUUAUUAUUGGCAGUCUAAGAAUAGUUGGUGUUCUUUGAGAUUUAUGCCUUUAUGGCCAUACAAUUUUAUGUAAUAUUGUAAGAAUAUUAAAAGUACGUUGAGUGCAUCUGGUCGCUUGCAAGUGGGUGAAAAGGUCGCUUUCUUGAAAUAUGUUUCUUAAUUUUUCGUCCAAAUCACGCGCGCAAUGUAAGUGAUUAAUGUAUCUGCCGAAUUUGGGUAUUUUUCUUUUUCGGAAGUUCUGACCAACUCCUUUGAUCCUUUUUCAUCGUGUUUUAAUGAAAACAUCUGCGAAGAGAAAAUUGAAACUCG